AUGAAACCAGCUGCAGAUUUAGAACAUGAAGAUGAAGCUCCGGAGGUACAGAAGAAACAACCAAGAGGUAAAAAAACAAAUACAUUCGGUGGUUUGUGGAAGGGUGAAGAACAAUUGUUGACUUCAAACACCAGAAGAACUGUCAGAUCGACCGGAGUUCUCAAUCAGAUUGAGAGUGACCAAGAUAGUAGUGAUAUAGACUCUGAAGAUGAUUCGUCAAGUGAUGGUGAGUCAUCGGAUGACAAUGUUAAGAAGAAGAAGAAGAAACCACCUGUAAAGAGAGGUGCACCUGCAACAAAAACAACUACAACUACAACUACAAUAACUACAAACAAUAGUAAUAAUAAUAAUAAUAAUGGUAAACCAACAAGAGGGAGACCACCAACUUCAAAUACAACUACAACCACAACUUCAAAACAAAGUUCAACAACAGCACCUGUAGCUGUUUCUAAAACAAGAGGUAGACCACCAAAAAAGAUUGUAGUAUCAUCGUCGGAGGAGGAAGAUGAAUCAGAGGAUGGAGAAGAUGAGUCAGAUAUCGAUAUUAUAUCAGAUGAAGAGGAUACCAAGAAUAAGAAGAAGAGUAAUGCAGUGGUAAAGAAGCAAUCGCCACCACCUGCUAAACAACAACUUACUAGACUUAAAAAGAAAGCUGUACAAGUAGAGUCAGAGUCGUCAGAGUCAGAACCAUCACAAUCCGAGGUGUCAGAGUCAGAGAGAUCGGAAUCUGAACAGUCGGAUUCCGAUGAGGAAAACAGUGCAAAUGGCGAGUUGGAUCUAAAGGAUAUGGGAAUCGACGAACGCUUACAAGAGGAAUUUACAGUUGAGAAAGUUUUGGACACUAGAAUGCAGGGUGACGAUGCAGCCAAUCAAAUGGAGCAAGUGUUGGUCAAGUGGAAGGGACUGUCCUAUCUUCAUUGCAGUUGGGUGGAUUCAAACCAGUUGAUUCAGACUCGCAGUGGUAAAGCCAGACUACAGCGUUACCAGCAGACCAAGCAACAAGAGGCAGAAAAUGCCGCUGCCAAACGACCACCCAAGGAAGACUACAAGGAGAUGAUGAAAAUCGAGAAGAUUCUCGACAAGCGUAUCAACUCUGACAACGAAACAGAGUAUUAUAUAAAGUGGAGAGCACAGACCUAUCUGAAUUGUACUUGGGAGUUGGCGUCGGACGUCAACGACGAAGAGGCAGUCGCUGCCUUUGCACAGUUUAUCAAGAUGCCUUCCAGCUCGGAACUAACGGUUCCUCCACGUCCAGCGCCAUCCGGUUGGAAAGAAUUCACAGCAAGUCCAGAGUAUUUCAAGAAGGGACGUCUACUUCGUCCGUACCAACUCCAAGGUUUGAACUGGCUGUCGUUCUGCUGGUAUCAGAAGCGAAACUCUAUACUGGGAGACGAGAUGGGACUUGGAAAGACGGUGCAAUCCGUAUCGAUUAUAGAGACACUCCGCAAGACACAAGGCAUUCGCGGUCCUUUCUUGUGUGUUGCACCACUCACUACCAUUCCACACUGGAAGCGUGAAUUUGAGAGUUGGACCGACCAGAAAGUGCUGGUCUACCACGACCACGGUCAAGCGCGUCCAAUCAUCCGAGACUAUGAAUUCUACUACACCGACAGCAAAGGUCGUACUACCAAUGUCACGAAAUUCAAUACUUUGAUCACCACCUACGAAAUGGUGAUAAGCGAUCGCGCGCAACUCUCAAAGAUCCACUGGCGUUACUUGGUGAUCGACGAAGCACAUCGUCUCAAGAACAAAUCGUGUAAAUUGACAAACGAACUCCGAACUUACAAGUAUGACCAUCUUUUGCUACUCACCGGUACUCCAUUGCAAAACAAUACACAAGAGCUCUGGUCGUUGCUCAACUUUAUGGAGCCGGAAAAGUUUGCACACCUCGAAGAGUUCCUCGAGGAGUUUGGUGAUCUCAAGCAAGCGGAGCAAGUAACUAAACUCCAGGAAGUACUACGUCCUUACCUCUUGAGAAGAAUGAAAGAGAAUGUUGAGAAAUCGAUUGCACCCAAAGAGGAGACCAUCGUUGAGGUCGAGUUGACAACCAUCCAAAAGAAAUACUAUCGUGCCAUCUACGAGAAGAAUUUCACCUUUUUGAGAAAGGGUGGCAAAGGAAAUGGACCUUCACUGCUCAACAUCAUGAUGGAGUUGAGAAAGUGUUGUAAUCAUCCCUAUCUCAUCAAGGGUGCAGAGGAUUCAGAGACAUCGAUGUUGAUGAAGAACUCUGAUGCCAUCUAUCACAAGCUGAUUCAGGCAUCUGGAAAACUUGUACUGAUUGACAAGCUGUUGCCAAAGCUGAAGGCUGGCAAUCAUAAAGUGUUGAUCUUCUCUCAGAUGGUCAGUGUCUUGGAUAUUCUCGACGAUUAUCUAACGUUUAGAGGUUAUCUUCACGAGAGAAUCGAUGGUUCCAUCAAGGCAGAGGAUCGUCAAGCAGCCAUCGAUCGUUUCAGUGCACCGGAUUCCGAUAGAUUCGUAUUCCUUCUGUGUACUCGUGCCGGUGGUAUGGGUAUCAAUUUGACUGCCGCCGACACUGUAAUUAUUUUCGAUAGUGAUUGGAAUCCACAGAACGAUCUUCAAGCUCAGGCACGUUGUCAUCGUAUCGGUCAGGACAAGAUGGUCAAAGUCUAUCGUUUGGUAACCAGAAACACCUAUGAGAGAAUCAUGUUUGAUCGAGCAUCCAAAAAGUUGGGUUUGGACAGAGCUGUACUCACCAAAAUCAACUCCAACGGUACCAAUGCUGCGCCUGCCAAAGAAGAACUUCCAGAUAAAGAAACCAUUGAUUCACUUUUGAAAUUUGGUGUUUAUGCAAUCAAGGAAGAUGAUGCUGCCAGUGAAAGAUUCUAUGAAGAGGAUAUUGAUAAGAUUUUAGAUAGAUCAACUGUUGUCAAACAGGAAACAGUUGAUCCACUGGCGAGUAGCUUUUCAACUGCCAGUUUUUGUAGUUCCAAUUCUGCAUCUAACAUUGAUGUGAAUGAUCCAAACUUUUGGGACAAGUUUGUUCCAGAGUUGGAUACUCGUAGCGAUGUUAUCAUGUUGCCAAGAACUAGAAAGAAUGUUCAGAGAUUUGGUUUCGGUGAUGAGAGUUCAGAUGAUGAUCAAUCAGACUACGAUCCAGACGGUGAUGAAGAAGAUACGGGAAGUGUGAACGAUUUCGGAUGGACCGGCGCCGAGCGUAAUAAAUUCAAGAGUGCUCUCUUUACUUUUGGCAGUGGACGUUGGGAUCUGAUAAAGUCGAUGGCAAAUCUCGAUCGUUGGACCACAGACCAAGUUCGUCAGUAUGGUGAAGCAUUCAUCACUAAAUCACUGGAUAUACCUGUCAAGGCGGUUGCACCACAAUCCGAAGAGGGAGAAGCCAAGUUGUCGGUAGAGUCUCUCAAUGCAUAUGUCGAACAACUUGAACCAAGUGUAUUCCAAUUGUAUGGAAAGGAACCACCCAAAGUCACUGGUGACAAGAUGCAGAUUGAAAGUAACGAGUCCAACACCACCACCACCAGCAACAACACCAGCGAAUCUAAAGAUACCAAUCCGUUUAUCAAUGAUUCAUCGUUGAGUGAUACUAAAUUCACAGAGUAUCUGACGAGAAACAGCAAGAAGAUCUCACGCAAACUAGCAAAUAUGGCUGCGCUUGCUCAGAUCUUGCGAGUUGGAUACCGUAAGAUUGUUGACAGUAUAGGUGAACUCGGAGACUCUCCAUUUUCAUGCUGGAAAUUCCAGGAGGAUAAUGAUCUUCUUGUGGGUACCUACCGCUAUGGAUUCGGUGAAUACGAUACCAUGCGUAAAGACAAAUCGCUGUGCUUCCACAAGCAUAACUACCAAUCGUCGCCAGACUCGACCAGCAACAACAACACCACAACCGAUGAAAACGAAAGAGUUUGGCCAUCUGCAAAGAUUCUCUCUCAUCGUUUCAAGCGUAUUCUCAGAACCAUGGAGGGAUACAAGAAGCAACAGGUCAAAGAGAAGCUACACAGCAUGAAGAAAAUGGAGAAGGAAGAGAAGAAGAAGAAAUCCGAUAUCCGAGUGGAGUGGACCAAGCGUGAGAAAUCAGAUUUCUACAAGUAUAUCGUUAUCUUUGGUGUCAUUGAGACUGGUCCUAAUGAAUACUCUUGGGAUUUGAUCAAGGAGAAAGCCAGCUUGAAGAAGAAGACCGGCGAUAUGAUUGAGCGUUACUAUUUCGACUUGCUUACCAAGUGUCAACAGACCAUAAAUGGUAACCCAUCGUCCAACGGUGCAGCUGCUGACAACAAAGACGACGACAAAGACGACAAGGACGAGAAGGAUGGCGAACUCACCAUUUCACAAUGCAAACGUUUGGUCAAUCGUAUCUACUUCCUCAACAAACUCAGAGGUAAAAUUCUCAAGAAUCCAAAUUUGACCACCAUUCUCGAUGAUGUUUCACCACCACAUUCUUUCCCAAUGUGGUACCAAAAGGGUGUGCAUGACAUUGCAUUACUUCAAGGUAUCGCCAAACACGGUUAUGGUCAAUUUGAAGAUAUAUGCAAAGACAAAUCGUUCCCCUUUUACGAUAUCUACAAGAACCUAGCCAAAACACAGGGUAAAUACGAGUCGAGCGAUGGCGAAGAUGAAAACUCUGACAAGAAGCGAAAACGUAAGGAACAAAUCAUUGACAUUCUUCGAUUGCCCAAGGAUAAAUAUCUGAAUGCAAGAAUCGAUUCCGUCAUUGAUUUCGUUGUCAAUCCAAGACCAAGUCACAGACAUUACGUUGGAUCUUCCAAUAGCUCCAAGUCAUCGUCUUCCUCGCACGCACCUUUGCGUUCUUCCUACAACGGAAUGAAUAGUUCCGCCUCUGGCAUUCCAAUGACUGGUUCCUUUAAACUUGGUAACAGUCUUAAUACCAGCCCUGUUUUAAGUAGCAGUGGUAGUGGUAUUAAAAAUGGAGGUCGUGUUGGAUCGUCAUCAUCAUCUAGUAGCAGCAAGAAACAAAUUACUAUCCUCGAUUUCCUUUCACCAAGUAAAGACAAGAGUUCUGGAAAAGACAAGGACAAAGAUAAAGAGAAAGAGAAAGACAAAAAGUCAUUGGAGUUGAUCAAUUUAGAUUUCGAUUCCGACGAUGACGAACAGAUCUUCAGAAAGGCAAAGCGCUCCAAGAAGAGACACAGUCUCAGUUCGUCAAGCUCCGGUCUCAAGAAGUCUGACGACAAAAUAGCAGCAUUUGGUAAUAUCCUACAUGAAUCUGACGAUGAAGAUUUCAAAGAUUAUGAAUUGUUAAAGAGAGCAAAUCAAAUGGGUAAAAGAGCAAGCACCAACGGUAGCAAUAGCAAUGGAAAUAGCAGUAAUAACAGUGAUGAGAGUAGCAUUGCCAAAGAGCGAAGAUCUUCAGCCAAUGGCAAGACUACUAUUACCACUACUACAACUACUACCUCAACAUCAACAUCAAGUACCUCUUCACCAUUGAACGAUGUAACAAUGUCAGAUGUUCUCAAUAACAACAAUCAACCCGAACCAAAUUUACACGAAUCAGCACUUGUAAGACCUGGAAGUGAGAAAUCAACUUGCAUAUUCACAAAUAUGAAAGAUCAAUAUUUCAGUCUCCACAAAUAUUUUAUGCCGGAUUUAUCAGAAAUUUCCAAAGAUAAAUUUGAUCUUGAAAUCAUAGGUGAGCUAAAAUUGACACAACAAAGUAUAAUGGAAAUCAGAACAUUUAGAUUAGUCUUUAAGAAUAUAGUGUUAAGAAAUUUAAUAUUUACGAAAGUAUCAGAAUUAUCGAAACAUAAUGGAUUACACCCACAAUCUUGGAGUUAUGUCAUUUAUUCACCUGAAUACAUGGUUGGAAAUGGUUAUUUUUCACAAUUGAAUGAUUUUUUAUUUAAAAAGACCAAUUUGUACGAUUCGUACUUGGAGAUUGGAAAUUUUUUAGGUCCUGAUAACUAUGAAGGUUAUAUUCUUAAUCUUGUUGGUGUAAUCAAAAAUGCGAUCAAGAGUGGUUGUAAUAUUGAAACUAUUAGAAACUUGAUUGAUUACUAUGGUAUACAAAAGUUAAUCAAUUACAGCUCAGACAGUUACGGUUAUACAAGAGAUUUGAUCAUUUUUCUGAUCAACUUUUUACUUGACACACCUUCAAAACUUGGUAGAUGGGAUAUCAUUCAUUUUCUAUUGGAGUACAUUGUCAUUCCGGAGGAUAAAGAGGAUAAAAUUCAAUUCAGAUGGGAUUUCAAACGAGCAAUGGCGUUUUCUGUGAAAUCUGGUGAUUUCAAAUUGUUAAACUUUAUGACCGAGAAAAAUAGAAAAUCACCUAGACCAUCUUAUGAAAAUGAAAUUUGUGAUGUCAAUCCACUUGAUAAAGCAGCAUCUUUUGGUAAAAUCGAAAUCAUUGAAUAUCUUAUUCAAAAUCUACCUGUCGAGGAAUUAAAAAGAAGUGAAAUGAUGUAUUAUGCGAUCAAAUCAGGACAUCAACAUGUGGUACGAUAUGUAUUUGAGAAUCAAUUAUUUGGAAAAGAAAGAGUUGAUCUUUAUUACCUAACUUAUUCAUUAAACUUUCGUCAAAUCGAAAUUCUCAAAAUGCUUGCAGAGGAAUAUGGAAUGAAAGAAACUUCCAAUACCUAUUUAAUGGAUUAUUAUUCUGAAAGGGGUGAUUUAGAGGCCCUUAUUUUGCUAAAUUCAUUUAACUAUUGGCAAUGCACAACAAAUGCAAUGGAUAAUGCAAGUAAAGGUCAUCUUCGAGUCGUCAUAUGGCUUCAUCAGAAUCGUACUGAAGGAUGCACAAAGGAAGCAUUGUCUAACGCCAAAAGUGUGUUGGUCGUGAUACUUAUGAUUGUUGAUGUUGUUGUCGUUGAGAUGAGGUUGGUUAGUUGUGUUAAUGAUGAUGUUGGUAGUGGUGGAUAUUUAGCAAUACAGUUUGCUGGCUAUGUUUGGUCUUGUUUGAAUAGAUCCGAGAAGUACUAUGAUACUCUUGGAUGUCUUACCUAUGUCGCUUGUAUUACGACUAUUGUAUUCUCCAAUGUCAACGGAGUGUUCACCAGGCGUGCUCUGAUUGCAUCGCUCAUGGUGUUACUUUGGUCGGUCCGACUAGGAUGGUUCCUCUACUCUAGAAUGAUGCAUCACUCGGACAACACCUUCCAAGACAAACGAUUCAACGGAGUCAGAGACAAACCAAUACAACUGCUCUUCUAUUGGUUCGCACAAUCCACUUGGAUCAUCAUUUCACUCAUUCCCAUCUAUAUCAUAAACAAUAACAUACCAUUGACCAAUCAAUCAUUAUAUACAUUAACAUUUUUUGAUUAUAUUGUUUGUUUAUGUUGGUUUGUAUCGAUAUCUAUUGAAUCGAUUGCAGAUAGCCAGAAGAGAGCGUUCAACGCUGUACCAAGUAAUCGUGGUAAAUUUAUCAAUGUUGGUCUAUGGUAUUAUUGUAGGCAUCCAAACUAUGUCGGCGAAAUGAUGAUCCAUUGGUUCGCCUAUUUCUUCUGUCUGCCAGUGUUCACCUUUAGUCAAGCAUUAGUUGCUCUCAUCGCACCGCUAUUAGUAACAGCACUGAUGACAAAGAUCGCUUCACCAAUGCUCGAGGAACAAUCAAACAUAAAAUGGAAGAAUGACACUGCCUAUCAAAACUAUUUGAAAUCAACACCAAGAUUUUAUUUCAACAUAUUUAAAUAA